AUGAAGCGCGUGGAACCCAGAGAUACACGCUAUGACGAUGUCAAGCAAAGAGCCAGCGGCAAACUUGACACAGGAUAUACCGGCUACCUGAUUUUUCCAAACUUCCCGGAAGAAGUUUACCAUAUUCUCAGCGAAGAGGCCCGGCUCCCAGAAAAUUCUCGGUACUCGUACGACGGCCAUAGGCGGGAACUCUACGUGGAAAGAUACUAUCGAAACCAGGAUGACCAACGGACAACUGGCUUCUGGAAAAUCAUGUCUUGCAAGCUGUACAACGCUAAUUGGCAAGGUCGUAUGUGUGUGAGCUCUCUUGGACCAUCUAUCCAACUCGUGAUUCUAUCGCCAGACGUCGGAUACCGGCCGACGACCUCAGGCACACAUACCGUUGUGAUGGAGAUCGAUGUUUUCCCGACAGCAACCAAACUUGGUCUCCUCAACCUCGCAAACUGGCCGAGACUUGGGAACGUGCAGCUGUGCUUUGUCGUGAAGCUGGUUCGAAAUCCAUCUUCAAUCACGAUUGAACUCUGGGGACAACUAGAAGUUCCAUUUAUCUUAGGGCCCGCGAUCAAGAUUCAAACAGCGGUUAUUGCUCCUGAUAAUCAUGCGGGCCUCUCGUGUGGAGUGGAGAAGUCAUAA